AUGGUUACCAUGAAUUGCCAGGAUGCCUCUGAUUACUGCGCCGUCCCUGAUGAAUACCUCUAUCCUGGCGGAGAUACGGGCUUUGCUGACGCUGUGGACGAAGCGGAGUCCGACUCCAGACCCACUGCGAACAUGCCCAUCAUGCCAAAUUAA